GUCAGAAACUGUCAUAACUGAGCAGCCCAUUAGUACGAUAUUGUCCGCUUCGGGUCAAGUCCGCACGAUUUUACUCUUGGGUGUCCUCCCCAAAAAGCCUCAUACUAAUUGGGCUAGGUGGACUCUAAUAUACAAGGGUCCCUACCCUUGUAUUACCGAUGUGGUACUUGGAUUGUCCCAUAACAGAAACCAUCAGUAAUAUAAUUUUAUUUAUUCCUUUUAAAUUUUACUCUGAAAUUCCAAAAGCAAUGCAUGCAGAUUGCAGACGCUGGAAGUUGGAAGACCUUCCGAUGCAAAUAUGAAACUAAUAACAAUCUUCGUUAUAAAAAGGAGCAAAAAAUUGAUGGUAGGGAAUGCGGGCCGUCUCCAAUUAAUUAAACGAUUAAUGGUGCUUAAUAUGUUCACUUCUAUAAAUGGAAAUUGGAAGUCCGUCCACCCUGAUAUCCACCGCACACAAAAAAAAAAGGAAGAAAUCAAACGGAUCGAUAUAAUCACUGCAGAAGACCCUACGAUUACCACAACCAAGAUCAAGUUGAAGUUGAUGAUAGACAAGGCUCGAAACAAGGUCCUGUUCGCAGAGGGGGAGAAGGAAUUCGUGGACUUGCUAAUCUACAUCCUCUCCCUGCCCUUGGCCGCUGUGGCCAACUACUCGGCCGCACCAUCCAAUAUCACCAAGCUCUACGACAGCGUCAAGCUGCUGGAGCCUGGACACUUGAAGCCGGCGGAUCCACUCGACCACAGCAAAUUAAAACUGGAUUUGGUUCCGUGCUUGUGCCUCACUUGCUGACCCUUUUGCCCCGCUUGACUCCUCCAGUGCCGAUUCCCCUAGAGAGGAAGCUGAUAUUAGAGUGGAACUUUUCUUCAAAAAAGGGGGAAAACGUUAGGAACUUAAUUAAUUAAUGCAAGGGAAAUGAGAAGUCGAGAAUCAAAAGCCUGCAUGCAGAGUUGGAACUUGGAAGGCACACCUUUUUCGUUAUCGAAAUAAACAAACCGUGAUGGU